AUGACACAACUUAUAUCGCCUCUGCUCAUCAUCCCCUUAAUUUUCAUCUUAUCCCUGAUAUUACCAAUGUGUGCCGGAAACUCCAUCAUCUACACCGAAUGCUCUUCACCAUAUUACACCCCGACGACACCUUAUGAAUCAAAUCUCAACACAUUGCUCACUUCCUUAGUGAACUCUGCAUCCGUCACCACCUUCAACAAAUUCAAAAUCUCCCCACCGGGAAGCUCACAACGUGACGUUGUUUAUGGUCUUUACCAAUGUCAAAGUGAUCUUAGUUGUUCUGAUUGUAGAGACUGCGUAGCCAGCUCCGUGAGUCAACUCAGAACAACUUGUCAUGUAUCGGUUGGUGGAUCCAUACAAUUAGAUGGAUGUUUUGUUAUGUACAAUAACACGUUCUUUUUUGGUGUGGAGGACAAAACGGAGGUGUUGAAGAUUUGUGGCCCUACAGUUGGUUAUAAUUCGGACGCUUUGAACCAUGUAGAUGAUGCAUUAACGUAUCUAGUGACUUGGAACGGUCAAUAUUUCCGUAAGGGUGGGUUUGGGAGCGUGCAGGGUGUAGCACAAUGCAUACAAGAUUUAAGUGCAAGCCAGUGUGAAGAUUGUCUUAUAUAUGCACGCGGACGACUGAGAUCACAAUGUGAGACAUCAAGUUCGGGUGAUAUGUACUUGGGAAAAUGUUAUCUUCAAUAUAAGGAUCUUGAGGUUCACCCUAUAAUCGGUAAACGCUAA